AUGCAGGAAGGCCUGUGCGAACGCAUCGAAGGAGCCAUCCAGAGCCGUGAAAUUCUACAGAUCAAGGGCGUGCUCACGGAAGCGGAGGAGCUUUCACAACGGGUCUUGACACCCUGUAUCCCCAAGGAGCGGAUCGAAGAGGCUGAGAAGGCGCUCCGGGUGGAAAUCUUGGAAGCCGCGCGCAGCAUGGUGCAAGAUGCCGUCAAGCGUUGCAGCGGCCAAGCAGCGCUGCGCCGCGACAGCAAAGAGGGCGAGGCCGCAGCAGCCUUCGAUCCCAAAGCGGCGCUGCGGGAGAGGCGGAGGAGACGGCGGAAGGUGGAGGCAGUGGGAUGA